CGGUUUUGUCUCCUCCCCUAGAAGCGAGGAUUCUCAUCUCCAGUGUCCCCCACAGUCUCCCACAAAAGGGGCCUCAAUAAAGAAUUACCCUGGUGAUCUAUAGUAAACUACAGAAAUGACGACGUUCUUUGAUCUAUUAUCAUAAGACCCAGGUUGCUAGGGUGGGGGACCAGCUGUUGGCGGAUACAACAUCUCCAACCACCCUUUACUUGUAGCUUCAUUUCCUGUUUUCUGCUGCUGCAGCUGGCACCAAGCCAAGAGCUACUGGUGCUCUGACAAGUUCAUACUCCACUCAGACCCAGGGACUUGAUCAAAAAGCAGUGUGAGGAUUUCGGAGAAGCCUUGUAGGAUGGAGGCCACAACAUCGGAGGAGACACUUAAGGUUAAAACACUGGAAGGAAGAACUGGGCAGCCUUUGUGGAGAGCUGCUCCUGCUUCUGCUCCUGGCAGCCCAUCCUCUGUCCGCCACCGGGGACGCAGGUGAGUGACUGUCCCCACCCGCAGAGGCCCAGGCCCAUCCCACACUGGCACACACCUGCUGAGACACUACGCUCAUACGCAUCCUGGAUGGUCUACCUGCCGAAGCUUUCUGGACUGUGCCCAACUCCCUCAGAGACCAGCAAAUCUGACCCCAUCUGCCUGCUCCAGCCGAAUGCUCCACGAGCACACAGGCAGGCUGGGAUGUUUCUUUUAGGGAAAAUCAUCAGGGGCUAUGAGGCCGAGCCGCAUUCUCGUCCCUACAUGGCAUUUCUUCAGAUCCAGACUUCAGGGAACAUUAUACUCUGGGGCGGUUUUCUGGCGCGUGAGGACUUCGUGCUGACAGCAGCUCACUGCUGGGGCAGCUCAAUCAGCAUCACCCUGGGGGCCCACAACAUCCUCGAGCAGGAGGGGACCCAGCAGGUCAUCCGGGUGAGAAGAGCCAUCCCCCACCCAGAUGAUGAUGAUGAAAACACGGCCAACGACGUCAUGUUACUGCAGCUGACGAGGAAGGCCAACCUGACCACCGCUGUGAGCCCCAUCCGGCUGCCCCAGGGGAAGGAGCCGGUGAAGCCAGGGAUGGUGUGCAGUGUGGCCGGAUGGGGGCUUCUUGGCGUGAACAAACCUGCAGCAGCAAAACUGCAGGAGGCAGAGCUUGAAGUCCAAACAGACCAGCAAUGCAUCCAUCACUACAAACAUUACGAUGCCACCACCCAGAUAUGUGCAGGGAACCGAAGAAACAGGGAGAAUUGUUUUGAGGGAGACUCUGGAGGCCCCUUACUGUGUAACAGUGUGGCCCAGGGCAUUGUCUCCUUUGGAACCAAGGAUGGUACACCUUCAAGUGUCUAUACCAGAAUCUCGAGCUUUCUGUACUGGAUACAAAACACAAUGAGAAUCUGUGAACUUCAGGGACCAGACUGAGGUGCCCCGGGAUGGAUCUGUCCAUCUUCUCUGGGGCAGAGGCCAGAACGGCAUUGGGCCAAGGGGAUGGAGGGGAGGCUGCCAGGGAUGUAAUAAACUGUCAUCUUCAGAA